AUGUUGGAUGCCAUUGUUGAAGAAGUAGGAGAAGAACAUGUUGUGCAAGUUGUUACUGACAAUGCUCCUGCAUAUAAGGCUGCGGGAAAUUUAUUGAUGCGCAAAAGGAAGAAAUUGUAUUGGACGCCAUGUGUCGCGCACUGCAUCGAUUUGAUGCUUGAGAAACUAUUUGAGCUACCUCAAAUGAAAAACGCGUAUUUAAAAGCGAAUAGGGUAGCUAACUGUAUUUAUUCUCAUGGUUACGUUCUAGAUAUGAUGAGAAGCUUUACAAAGAGAGGACUGAUCCGUCCUGGGGACACACGUUUUGCUACUGCAAACCUCACUUUGCAAAGCUUGCUCCAAAAUAAACAAGCUUUAGAAGAGAUGUUUACUUAUAAUAAGUGGAAGAACUGUGAAUGGUUAAGCAAAUCUGAUGGAAAAGAUGUGAAGAAGAUUAUACUGAGGGAUCAAACUUUCUGGCCUGGAUUGGUUUAUUCCUUAAAGGAGAUGAAGCCUUUAGUUGGCGUCUUAAGACUUGUUGACGCAGAAAACGUUCCGGCAAUGGAAUUUAUAUAUGGUGCAAUGGACAUGGCAAAAGAAGCUCUAGCAGCAAAGUAUGAUGGAGAUGUAUCCAAGUAUAGGGAGAUUUGGAACAUCAUCGAUGAGAAGUGGGAUUUCCAAAUGCAUAGAGACCUCCAUGCUGCAGGCUACUUUUUGAAUCUCCAAUUUCAGUAUGAAGAUGAUUUCUCAGAUCAUACUGAGAUAAGACAUGGUCUCUACAACGUCAUGGAAAAACUAUUACCUAGAGAAGAUUUAGCUGAUGCCCAUUUAGAGCUUGACAAGUACUGCAAUAAGGAGGGAUGCUUUGGACGUCUUGAGGCAGAGAUAACUAGGAAGCUGAAAACACCUGAUCUUGAGGAGUUAGACUUUCCAUCUCUAGGAAUUGAUACCGCAACUCAAAAUGAUGAACCAGAACCUAGUGAUCUUCCUGCACAACAAAGAAUGAGGGAAAGGGAUUCAGUUGUCGGAGUUGGAUCUGCUGGAAGCGGGAGAGGACAACAUAGCAAGAGGGGAUGA